AUGACUAUCACUAGCAUUUCAGGAUUACCUAUAGAGAUAAUACAGAAAAUUAUUAACUUAAUUGAUGAUAGAGAUAUUUUAUUAGCAUUAGCAACAAAUACUCAAUUCAAAGAUCCAAUUUAUAAAAGGUUAUUUCCAAAAUUAAAUAUUUUCCAUAAAUACAUAGAUGUUUAUGAAGAAGUCUUUUCAUAUUACUUUACAUCAAAGUUUUUAAAUUUUUUAGACGACUAUGAUAAUUAUGUUCCAAAUGAAAUUUUAACAAAUAUUGAUACAUUAUUUGAAUUGUUUGAAAUUAAACAUAUAAAUUUUAAAAAUACAAAAAUUGAUUUGUUUAUUCAUCCUUAUCACACAAUGGAUGAUUUGAGAUUUUCAAUUGAAAAUUUUAAGAUAAAUUCAAUUAUGUUAAGAUCUGAUUAUGAUUUUCAAUUAGCUAGGAAACUGAAUUAUCGGAAUAAUCCUUAUUUUGCUCAAUUGAAAAACGAAGAAUUUCGAAAACUUACUCUUCCAAACACUUUGGAAAAGUUUGAGAUAGGAUAUGAUAAUAUCUUUUUAAGAAAUUUACCAGAAUCAUUACGUGAAGUAAAAUUGAUAAAAAUUAAGAAUUUAGAUGCAAUUAAGUUACCUUUAUCAUUAAAAUCAUUAUAUUUAUCACACUGCGAGAUAAGUGGGGUAAUGUUAGACUUGAGUUAUCUUCAUCAAUUGAAGGAUUUCGAUUCAUAUGGCAGAAUUCAAAUUGGUAAUGAUUUAUCAUCAGGAAAAUUGAAGUUCCCAUCUUCUGUAAAAUCAAUUUGUUUACAUUCUUCUGAUUUUCAAAGUUUGAAUAAUUUAAGUGACUAUAAAAAUUUGAAAAUUCUUAAACUCAAGCGUUGUAAAGGAUCAAUUUUAUUGUUUAAUACAAUAUUACCUCCUAAUUUAGAAUAUUUGCUGAUUGAAUUUGAUAGAGAGGAAUCAGUGAAUCUUGAUAAUGGGGAUUAUGGUGAGACAAGGAAUUUGAAUAAUGUUAGUACAAUUCACCGACCCGGAGCAGAUUUAUUAUAUGACAUAAGUGGUGAGGAUAUUUUUCCUUCAACUUUAAAAAUUUUAAAAUUGACUUCAAUGAAAAAUAUUAUACUUGACUUCCAGUUGAAUUUACCUAAUUUGGAAGUACUUAAAUUUGCUUUUUCUCCUUUUAUUAAUCCAAGUAAUUUGAUAAAUGAAAACUUAAUCAAUUUGAAAAAAUUGACUGUCAAAUUUUGUAACUCAUCAAUGACAUUGGUCAAAUUACCGAAAAAUUUGGAAUAUUUAAAUCUUGAAAAUAAUAACAUAAGAUCAUUAACACAAUUUAAUUUUAAAAAUUUGAAUAAACUUAGGCAUCUUAUCGUCAGCAGUAAUAAAAUAACUAGAAUUACUGAACAAAUAGCACCAAAUCUAAAAAUUCUAGAUAUUUCAUAUAAUCCAAUCAAAAAGUUACAUCAUCAAGAAAAUUUGGAACAAUUGUUUGUAACAACAUCAACGAACGCAGAUGAUAUUUAUAUCAAUAAUUUAAGAAGUUGCGAAUUAAAUAUUAAAAAUUCUUUAUCUUUAAAUACUGUUUACAAGUUUGAUUCGUGUUACUAUUUAAAAGAAUUAAUACUACGUGUUGAAGUUGUUAAUAUUUCAAAUUUAACUUUUCCUGAUACAAUUGAAAUUCUUGAUAUUGAUUGUGAUAGGAAUGAUACGAAAAAUAUAGAACAUGACUUACAAAAAGGUCUUUAUAAUAUAUCAAAUUGUUACAAUUUGAAAACUUUUAAGUUAAGAAAAUGUAAUAUAGAGCAUUUUAAUUUUAAUAAUCUACCCCAAACUUUAGAAAAUUUUUCAAUUAUUUAUUCUAAAUUAAAAACAAUUGAUGGUUCUUCAAAAAAUUUAAUAAAUUUAAAAUCACUUAAUUUAGAAUAUAACAGAAUUGAUAAUAAUGGAAUAAAAAAUUGUUUAUUUUCAUCUUCAAAAAUUGAAACUAUAAAUUUAAGCAAAAAUGAUAUAAGUGAUAUUGAUUGUAUUAGAAUUGAAAGUUGUCCAAGAUUAAUUGAAUUAAAUUUAGAAAUGAACUCCAAUUUAUAUAUUACUGAUGAAUUUGAUGAAAAAUUAAAAUUAACUUGUCCAAGAUUAAGUGUAAUUAGAGGUCAUAAAGAAACAAAUAAAAAGCGUCAUAUUGAUUAUGUUAGUGCUUAUUAG